GGUGACGCGACCGCGGAGGUGACGCCGUGUGGUCGCGCGCGCCCCUUCCGGCGCGGGGAGGGCCCUGAAGAUCCGGGCCGCUCGGCCACAGGCCGCGUCGGUCGCCGCGGGAUGUAGCGCGGGGGGCCGCGGUCCCCAGCACCACCCUCCGGCCGGGCCUGCCUACCAUCUCAGCGGGAUCUCUGCCCCCUGGGGCUGAGAGCAUCCAACCUGUCCGCAAGCUGCGUCUGCAAGGUUCCAGGUGCAAGCCAGAUGUCUUCGCACAAAGGUUCUGUGGUGGCAGCACAGGGCAAUGGGGCUCCUGCCGGUAACAGGGAGACCGACACCGUGGAGCUGGCCGAGCUGGGACCCCUGCUGGAAGAGAAGGGCAAACGGACAGCCGCCAGCCCCAUCAGAGCUGAAGAAGAGCAAGCAUGCCCGGUGCCCCAGGAAGAGGAGGAGGAGGUGCGGGUGCUGACACUUCCCCUGCAAGCCCACCAUGCCAUGGAGAAGAUGGAAGAGUUUGUGUAUAAGGUCUGGGAGGGACGCUGGAGAGUCAUCCCUUACGACGUGCUCCCAGACUGGCUGAAGGACAACGACUACCUGCUCCAUGGCCACAGACCACCCAUGCCCUCCUUCCGGGCUUGCUUCAAGAGCAUCUUCCGCAUCCACACAGAAACUGGCAACAUCUGGACCCAUCUGCUUGGUUUCGUGCUAUUUCUCUUCUUGGGAAUCUUGACCAUGCUCAGACCAAAUAUGUACUUCAUGGCCCCCCUGCAAGAGAAGGUGGUUUUCGGGAUGUUCUUCCUGGGUGCAGUGCUCUGCCUCAGUUUCUCCUGGCUCUUUCACACCGUCUAUUGUCAUUCGGAGAAAGUCUCUCGGACAUUUUCCAAACUGGAUUAUUCAGGGAUUGCCCUGCUGAUUAUGGGGAGCUUUGUCCCUUGGCUCUAUUAUUCCUUCUACUGCUCCCCACAGCCACGGCUCAUCUACCUCUCCAUCGUCUGUGUCCUGGGCAUUUCUGCCAUCAUCGUGGCACAGUGGGACCGGUUUGCCACUCCUAAGCACCGGCAAACAAGAGCAGGGGUGUUCCUGGGACUCGGUUUGAGCGGUGUGGUGCCCACCAUGCACUUUACUAUCGCCGAAGGCUUUGUCAAGGCCACAACCGUGGGCCAGAUGGGCUGGUUCUUCCUCAUGGCUGUCAUGUACAUCACCGGAGCUGGCCUUUAUGCUGCUCGGAUUCCUGAGCGCUUCUUUCCUGGGAAAUUUGACAUCUGGUUCCAGUCUCAUCAGAUUUUCCAUGUCCUGGUGGUGGCAGCAGCCUUUGUCCAUUUCUAUGGGGUCUCCAACCUUCAGGAAUUCCGUUAUGGCUUGGAAGGUGGCUGUACUGAUGACUCCCUUCUCUGAGCCUUCCUGAGGGCUGGAGGAAGAACUUCCCAAGUGCUUUUAAAAAUAACUUUGCUGAAGUGAGAGGAAGAGUCUGAGUUGUCCAUUUCUAGAAGAAACCUCCUAGAGAAUUCAGUACCAAGCAAGCUUCGGCCCACUUUCACACCCACUGGGCAAUAAAUUUCUUGUCCUAGCUGAGGAGGGUGGGGACGGCCAGACUGAGCCAUCUCCUGCCUCAGCGGUCCCCUUCCUCGGCAACAGACAAUACUUUGAAACUCACGUUGAGAUUUUACCCCCGUCUAGCCAUUUGGUGGAAAUAAAUGAUGGACUGGGACUCUUCAGAAGUUAUUUCUGGAAGGAAAUGUCCCUCCCUUACCCCCCGCCCUUACUUUGUAACCUGGCUUAUAACAGGCCAUCCAUUUUUGUAGCACACUUUUCAAAAACAAUUAUAACCUGGUCCCAUCUUUCUGGGCCUCAAUCUGUUCUCACAGCAGGAUGAACAAAGCCACCAACUUUUACAUAGCCCGGCUAAUCAUGGAAGUGUGUCCAGGCUUCAAAUAACUUGAGUUUUUAAUUUUUUUUUCUUGGCAGAGUAAUGUAAAAUUAAAAUGGGGAAAGAUAUUUAAUAUUUAAUACUAAGCUUUAAAAGAAACCUGCUAUCAUUGCUAUGUAUCUUGAUGCAAAGACUAUGAUGACAAUAAAAGAAAUACAGAAGACA